CGAUUUGUUAAGAUGUUUUCAUAUGCCAUAAGUGUCAGAGUUUGCAUAUGUUAAGGGGGUUUCCUUACUUAAAACCAUCACCACAUCACAAAUUGUAUGCACGGGCUGUUUGAAAGGAAAAUUAUUCAAAAGGAAUUCGCUUCUCUAAAUUAAAAUAAAUUAACCAUGUCUAAUAGACCACACAUUUAAGACACAAGAAAUUACAGUAAAAACGGUGUUGGAGUCGGAAAUUGCUAUGGAGAAGGACGAACGUCUUAAUGCCGUUGUCAACCUUGCGACUUCUCCUGAGUUUUGCCGGAUUAAAUGGGAAAGCGUUACAUUUUGCUUGGAUGAAGCUAUGAUCCAUGUACACAGAACAUCGACACAGACCAAAGAUGUAUUCGACUUCAAAUACCAUCAGUGUUUUUUGGACAAAUGCACCCACUCUUUCUGCAACAAAGAAAAUUGUACUUUUAACCGUACGUCAGAAGAGAGCGAAACCGAUUCCGAAGCUACAAGACACGCAGUGUCUUCUGAGAAGUCCUCUAACUUGCCGGAGUGGUAUCACGCAGUAUCUUCAGAGAAUUCUUCUAGCUUGCCGGAGUGGUGUCCCGCAGUACACGAUUAUCUCAAAAAGGUCCUCCGACCUUGUUGUUCUGCGCCGGAUUAUUUUCAAGAAAUGAAAACAUUUAAAAAGUCGGUCGAUAAGCAGGAACCGCCUGCAAUAGUCGAGGAAGUCGACGAAACAGGUAAUUUACAACGGAACCCAGUAGAGAACGUCAAAAAAGAACACGGUUCAACUACAAACGAACUACCUACAAGAGGAUCGGGAAACGGACAAAGGGAGUUGGGUAACAAUGAAAAUGACACAAACGAUAAACACAGCGACACUACGUACACAGUGGGGUCAGAAAUGCGUGGCGGGUACUUCAAUUUUUUAAACAAAGAUUUGACAGACUUCAUUGAUAUUAAUGGUUCAAAGCAGAACGACACCAGCAACGCCGAUAAAAUUUAUAAUCUGUUCUCCGGGUUAUCGAACAGUUCGAGGGACGAACGGAUUUUUCAAGAAUUCCGACGGGCGUUUUCAGAGGCGGUAGAACGAAUACAAAAAGCCGAGACGACGGAAGAUAAGGAGGAUUCUGUACCAGUAAAACAAGACACUUUCGUUUCUGUCGAAGAGACGAAAAAGGAAGAGAAAGAAUCUGGCCAGAACGACCUCACGGAUUUUAAAUAUUCUCUAAAUCAACAAGACGGUAGAGUCAGAGAUGCGACGAAAGAAACAGACAAGAAAAAUGUACCGAAACCUCGUAAACACGGCAAAACAUCUCACAAAGCAGUUCAUCGUGUUGUCAAUUCGAACAUUGACGAGUCGUUUUUAGAAGACUGCUUAAAGCACGUUUACAUCGGGAACCCGUACGGUUCUCAUCUCAAGGAUUGCUAUUGUUUCGACUGUUCGAAGCCUAACGAGAAUGAAACCGAUCAUGAAAAGGCAGUAGAAAACCCGAGAAACAAGGUGCAUCCCAAAGCAAACGAUUAUCUCAACGGGUGCCGUGCCGUUUCCUCUCAGGCAUGCUUGAGCAAAACCCCUUUGAAGGUUAACCGUCAAAACGGCCGAAAAUCGAGAAAAUUGAGAAAGAUAGUCACCAGCGAUAAAACAGUCGACUUGGGAAUCGGGCCGCUGGGUUUGUCGAAAACGCGUACAGCGCUCUUCAAAAGCCUCGAACGGAAGAAAGCCAGCUCUGAGCCGAAUAAAGAAACAAAAAGUAAGUUACCGUCUAAAAUCAAGUUUGAACAAAAGAAAACCAACGAAGAACCGAUCAAAGCAAAGAAAAGACUUCCAGUGAAUAGCGCUCGCAGUAGGACCUCUUACGAGACCUGUCCUCCCAUUUUAUCUAGAGAAUCAACCGCGUCCACCUACGAUCCUCGUGCGUACGAAUACAAAAAUUACGUCGAGGCUAAACGUUACUUGAGAAAGUGCUGACAAUUAUUUUAGAACCACCAUUCCGAGACCGAAUACGGCUGGUAAAAUAACAACUUGCUGAAUGUAUAAUUUUUGUAAUUAUUUUGAUCAAUAUACGCUGAUUUUGGU